AUGGCGCCCUUCGUCACGCUAAUAUUUAAGUUUGAUCCACUUCUGACGUCGGAUGAAUUCAGGGCUCAGUGGGUCCAUCCAGCCGAUGUCUUUAGCGUCCUUGAUGUUGUCGCCCGCGCACUAGCACAACUCGCUGGUCAAGGGUUGGCACCUGUAAUCUUCUCAUUCGGAUGGGUAGUUUAUUCUGUCUCCGCCCUCGUUUCCGCUAUUGGCGAAAACAAAUUGAUGCUAUCGGAUCCAGAUUGCAAGUGCAAAGUCAUCAACUGCAAGAAUGGCGAUCCUGCCACAAAGGAGCAGAUUAAAACACUACUAGAUGACAAGAAAAUAGAAGACAAGUUAGCAGAAAGGCCAACACGCGCUGGUCUUGUCGUAACGGUCUAUAAGACGAGUGAAAAAGGUGACGUUCGUGUAGCUAAACGCGAUUUUAUCUACUGGAGUGGCAUCUUCACUCUGAUCGUGCAGCUAGGAGUUGCAGUUAUACCUUGCGGGCUCUUUGGAGAUUGGGGUGUCUUGAUGAUAACGGCCAUCGGUAAUGCGCUUGCUUUUGCAACAGGGCUUCUUCCACAGUGGAAGAAAGAAAAGUGGGCUUGCCGCGAUAAGUCUCCCGGCAACUUUGUUCUUACUAGAGGAAACGGAGCUCAACAUUCCAUCCUUAUUCUAGGUAAUAGGCAUGGCUUGACUCUUGAGGAUUUAGCGCUAUGGCAAAGCAGCUUUGACGCUUCUACCAAUCUUCUUACACGAGUUGCUCUCCUUGCACUCUCGACUCUCUGGAUGCUUCUCAUCACUGCAGCAGGUCUGCAGUCAGAUACCUGGUUUCUUCUCGCUGUUAGCAGCAUCGGUAUUGUUCAAGAUGUAUUUGUCGCUGGCUGGGAUCGGAAACCUGAAAACUUUGGCAUUACUCUAGAAUACGUCAAUGUUUUUGGUCAGACGAAGGUGAUAGAAACACUAUAUGAAGUCGAAAGAGACUACCGAGGUGUAGGUGUGAGCAUGCGUAACGAUUUUUUCCCUGGAAAGCUUUAUUCAGAGGAGGUCGAGAAGUGGGAUAAGAUCGAAGCUGAUUGGAAACUGAAGCCUUAG